AUGACUCGAGGGAAUCAGAGAGAAAAGGCUCGCGAGAAGAAUCUCAAGGAUCAGGCUGGACAGAAAAAGAAGAAUACGCAGUCCGGCACCGAGUUUCAGCGGACGAAAGAAGCGCAAGCGGCCAUCAUGCGGGAGAAACAAGCAAAAGGUGGGAUCGCAACGCCACUGCAGUCUGCAUACAUGGGGCUGUCUACUGACACGCGUGACAGCGGAAGCCAAGAAGUCCGAUUCGGGGCCAGCCAAUGCAAAGAGUAA